GAUCGUCUUCGAGAGAUAUAUUCUCAGUAAAGGUCCAUGUGACUUGUUGGGAACCACUUGACAGAUUGUCAAGUUCAACACACGCCAUGAUUGAACUACCAUCAUAUGGUGAUCAAGAGGUUUCGGAGUUGCGCUUCAAAAUAAGGACGGACCCGGCUGUCAAGGCAGGAUUUCUCCCCACUUUCCAGCCAACCUACCAAGCCUAGAGUGAGGCUGGAUCGAGGAUGACCCAAUGACGUGGACGACUCACACCCAACCUCGACUUAAUACAUACACACAUAGAUGACACUCCAUCCAGUAUCAGUGCUUUCAGACCCAAAUCAUGUCAUGAUUGAUAUCGUGAGUGGACCUAUAUAAAGAAAUCAAUCCGACAACUGGUGGCCUCAUCAUGGCCUCUUGGUUCAGCUCGCCCAAUUUGGGCAAUCUUCAAGGCUCGCUAGAGGGAUUGAAGAACUCGGUGAGCUCGGUGGGCAACUCCUUGAAGGAGGUCUUUGAAGAGGAGGAGGAUCCCACGGAUCCCACUGCCCAUUUGGCUCUCACUAAAGAGAAACUAGAAUCAGCCCACACCAUGAUUCAAUCCCAAAAGGAUGAAAUCCAGAAGAUGAAGGAACGCAUAGACGAAAUCCAAGAACAGAAACAAGCGGUGGAACUACAGAAAGAAGUUCAAUGCACUCAAUUUCGAGAACUGCUUUUAGAGAAAGAACGCGAAUUAGAAUCUUGCUUAACCAAUACACCAGCCCAACUGGACCAUGAAAACGCCCCUCCAAUGUCAUCUGAGCCCAUAGUCCAUGACCGAAUCCGAGAGCUCGAAGACCAGAUCGUGGAGGAACGAAAGAGUCAUGAAAACGCUAUAUUUGCGCUCCAAGAGGCAUUUUCUAGUCAAACGAGUGGGUCAGGGGCCGGCGUGGAUCGGUCCCAAUGGGAAGUCAAGUGGGACGAGGCCACGAAUACAUCCGAGAGGAAGAAGGUCUUCGUGGAACUGCUUCAAAGUGGAUGCCACGAUUCGGGGGUGGAAGCUUUGAAAGUAGAGAAUGAAAGAUUGCGAGCUGAUAGCGACAAGUCUAAGAAUGAGAUGAAGACCAAAAUGGCUCAAUGGGAAACACAACGAUUGGAAUGGACCGCGAAAUGUCAGGCUCAAGAGGACCGAUUGAGAGCUGGGACUGAAGAUCAAGACAUGAUUCGUUCCCUUACCGAAAGUAAUGCCAACUUGAAGACCGCGAAUGCCAAAUUAGAAGAGAAACUCAGAGAAACAGAACAGGCUAUCCAUGAAGACCAUGAAAAGCGGGUUGAACACUUGGCAGCCACCCUCGAAGAUGAAAGAGAAAAAGUGAGUGCCUUGGAGACGGAGAACUCCCUCAAGGACGAUGUGAUUGCGGCUUUGAAAGAGGAAAAACGGCUCAAGAACGGCGAGUCCGAAGCCAUCAAAGACACCAUUGAGUCGCUUCAAACGGGAAUGGAGAAAUAUCAGGCAGUGGUUGGCAGUUUAGAAGCGUCUUUAGACGAACAAGUGAAAUUGAAUGAACAACUCCGGAGAAAUCUUCAAGAAUCCACAGAUUUGAACAACGAGCUCGAAACCGAAAUGGAGAAAAUUGCCGAAGCGUCCAAAUCACACGAAAUUGCUCUGAGUGAGAUGCGAGAUCAAUUAAAGGCUUUCAAAGGCACCGAGGAAGAAUUGCACAAGUUCAAGGCUCUGUAUGCCGCCAAAGAGUCCGAGUUGCACUCGAGCUUGGAUGAUCAAAAUCAAAACGUGGAAAAGAUCACAUCGGAAACCUCCGUUUACAAGCAACAAUAUGAGGCUCUUCUGCAGGAGUAUAAUCAAUACCUGGAAGAUUUGGAGUCACUCCAAGCUAAAGCGGAAGGAUUGGAGAAGUUGAAGGCUCUUCAUGAAGAGAAGAUGAACGAACUGAAAGAGGCUCAUAAUCAAGAUCAAGCUCGAAUUGAGACCCUCGACGAAAAAUUCAAGGAAAACGAGAAGAAGCGUGAACUGCUGGAAGAGCUUUUGGAUCGAACCAAGUCCAAGAAUGAGGAGGUGGAACAUGAACUUUGUAAAGAGAGAGGACGGAAACGAGAGUUAGAAGAGGAGCUCGAAGACAAAGAUAUCUUGAUCGAAGACCUCAAGAACGGGCUUCAGUUGAGUAAAGAGAGCUCUGUGUGCGAAGAGAAGGAGCAAGACGAAUCAGAGACCGACCUUCGGGCCCAAAUUCAGUCCUUGAAGGCCCAAAUUCAGAAGGUGGAGGGGGAAAGUCACGCUCUAAAUCCGGAAGCCUUAACUGAUCUUCAAGAAAUCAAUGAAAAUCAAGCUGAGGAGAUUCAACGAUUGGAGGAGAUCAUCAAGGAAUUUAAUGAUGACGUGGCAGAGACAGCUAAGAAGAUCGAGGAGCAAUCGGACCAUCUGAUGUCGGCUGAGGCUGAAUUGGAACGCUACAAAGAAGAGGUGUCGGAUUCCAAUCGCAAGUUUGAAGAGUACAAGGAUCAGUUCCAAACGUUGCAAUUGGAAUUCGAGACUUACAUGAGCAAAACCGAGGAAGACCGAGAAUUUUUUGCUCAAGAUCAGCAGAUCCUGGAUGAUCUUCAGCAAAACUUCGAUGAACUGAAGGUUGAAAAUGAGUCUUGCAAGACCACCAUCUCCCAACUGGAGGCUGAAAAACAGAAGCUCAUGGCCAAUCAGCAAGAAUCCCUUGGUCAAAAACAGCAUAUCCUGGAAGACCUUCAACGAAAGUUUGAUGAACUACAGAUUGAAAAUGAGUCUUGCAAGACCACCAUCUCCCAAUUGGAGGCUGAAAAACAGAGGCUCAUGGCCAAUCAGCAAGAAUCCCUUGGUCAAAAACAGCAUAUCCUGGAAGACCUCCAACGAAGGUUUGAUGAAUUGAAGGUUGAAAAUGAGUCUUGCAAGAUCACCAUUUCCCGAGUGGAGGCUGAGAAAAAAGAACUUAUGGCUAAUCAGGACCUUGAAGGCGAACUUCAUAGUAAAUCAGAAGAGAUUGCCAAUUUAAAGGCUUGUCUUGCCACCUUGAAAUCGACCAAUGCUGACGUGGCCCAAGAUCAGAGCAAAAAGAUCCAACUUUUAAAAGAUGAAUUGGAACAGAAAAUAGCUCUUGAGCGUGACUUACAAGAUCAGGUUCGAAACUUCUCGGAGCAAGUCAAAGCCAUAGAACAACUCACUGAAACUGUAAAAGAACUCGAAAAUAAUUCUCAGACUCUUCAAACUGAGGUUGAUUCCAAGAGUAAAAUCAUUGAACAACUCACCCACGACAUGGAAGAAAAGCAUAAGUUGAUAAGUGAGCAUCAGGAUGAUUUACAACAAAUGAAUAUCGACCUAGAAAUGAGCCGAGUUCAUUUGAAAGCUGAAAAAGAUCGAAUCCAAGAUUUGGAAUCGCAACUCGAGAUGUUAAGCUCAAAGUCACACCAAGAAGCCAAAUUUGUGGAGGCAAUUGAAAGAAGCGAGCAAAAUAUCCAAAGGCUCGAAAGUGACAACAAGGCCCUUUUGGAAAGACUUUCUCGGCCGCAGAAGCACCAGUCCGAAAAGGAAGACAUGACCAAAGAAACCGUGAACAAACUCUCACAACUCAUCCGGGACAAAGACAUGGAGAUCCAAGCUCUACAAGAGCGAAAUCGAGGUCUAGUUGACCUUAUCCAAAAACACGAGAAAGAGUCCUCUUCCACCCAGACUCACGAAGAUAAUAAACUCACCGAGGAGUUCAACGACCUGCAAAGAGCCAAUCAAGAUCUAUUGACGGCUCUGAACCAGAAACAUCAAGAGAGUCUUGGGUACUAUGCCGAAAUUGAGCGACUCAAUCAAGCGCUUGAGGUUAUCAAAGCAUCUCAAUCAAAUUCAGAUUCAAGUCCAAAUGUUGGAGGCAAAUCUGUCAGAGACAAUACGAAUGAAAUCGUGAUCCUGAAAUCGAAAAUCCGCGAAUUGGAGCGAAAGCUCAACAAUGCCCAAGUGUUUGAUUCUCAACGAUCGAACAAACUGCCGCAUAGGAGACGAUAUCAUUCAGAGUCGAUUCACGAUGUUGAAGGCAUUAUCUCAAGAUCGAGCACUCACCACGUUGGUUGUGAGCCUGAUGACGAUGUGGAGAAACAAAUCACGGACGACGGUGAAGCGUCGGAGCUCUCUGUCAAAGUCCAGGAACGGGAUGCCAUUAUUCGAGACAAAUCCAAUGAGGUGUUGGAGAUCCAAAAGACUGUCAAUGAACGAGAGGAGGCCUUGGCUCAAAAAGAGGAGGAAAUUCGAGCACUAAAGCGAAAGACGGAAAGUUUGGAUCUCCAUCAGACUGAUGCUCUCCGUCGAUUGGACGAGCUCAAAUUUGAGCUUGACAACGUUCAAAUCGAAAGCAAGAAGUUGAGUGAAGAGAAUCAAGGCUUAUCCAGUGCCAAUAACAGGUUCAAGGUGCUCUUGGAGGAGAAGAGCCAUGAUUUGGAGAUGGCUCAACGAAAUCUACAGCAAUUGCGAGAGAUGGUGGACGAGAAGAGUCAAAACUCCGAGUCCACACAGCAAGAGCGGUUGAAGAAUCUUGCAGCUAUAACCGAGCUCCAGAGUCAGAUUGGAAUCUUGAAACGACAAGGGGAUGAAACCCAAUUGAAGUUAUCGGAUCGGGAUCGUGAGUUGGCGGAAACACGUCGAGAAGUGGCCAAUGUAAUAGAGAAGAAAAAGCGUUUGGAACAAGAACUGGAACGUCUCCGGCAACAUCUCCUCACCGUUGAAGACACCUAUACACAAGAAGCCUUGGCCACGGAGGAUAGAGAGCGAGAGCUUCGGAAGAAACUGCAGGUCGUCGAAGAAGCCUUCCGUGUGUCCAACGCCCAGCAAUCGAGUUCGAAUCAGGAGAGCUCUCUUCAAGUGGAAUCUCUCCAAAGACAAGUCAGCCAGUUGUCAGAGCAACGAGAUCAACUUCUACAUAAGUUGGGAAAAGUCACGCAAGAGUUCCAAAGCCAAUCCACCGCCUUGGACAACCUGACCAUGGUCUUGGAAGGAUUUCAAGAGGAGAAGGAGAACAAUCUGAAAUUGGCCGAGAAGGACUAUCAUGAAAGAUUGCAAAGAGAGGUAUCGAAACAAGGCAUCCUUCAAGAGGAGAUCAAGGCGUUAAAUGAAAAAUUGGCUCAUGCUAAUGAAGGGCUGGCCGCAGCUAAUCGUCUAGGAGAGCAACUUGAAAAGAAAUCCCAAGUGAUUGCCAAUCUGAAACAAGAAAUCAAACUUCGUGAAGAGCUCUUGAAGAAAGCUCAGUCCGAGCUGACCUCCAUCUCGACCCACAACGCGGGCAAAGUGGACAAAUCUCUCAUCAAGAAUCUGGUCGUGGGCUACGCGUGUGCGGACGAUUCCAAAAAACCGGAGGUCCUCAAAGUCGUAGCCACAGUGCUGGACUUCAAUGGUGAAGAACGACAGAAAACGGGUCUGGACGGCUCGUCCAACGGCUCGUGGCUUCGUGGCUUAUUCGCUCCCUCGUCUCAUGCUGAUGGCAAUAACUUGAAGAAUAAAACCACUUCCAAUGACGUUCAGGCAGCCACAGGACUGGAUCAAGGUCUUGCGCAAGCAUUUGUUCAAUUCCUGGAGAAUGAGUCCACUCCCAAAGUCCCACCCAAGUUACCCGUUUCCGAAAUGGCCGAGACCAAAACGAGACAAAUGGAGGCCGAAAUGAGUAGUCGUUCAUCGAGGAAUUCGACACCUUCAGAGGGAGGAUCCAUACCGCCUGAAUCGGCAUAUUCGCCCACAGGAAGCUUUGCAACCCCAAAGAGUGCGGACAGGAACUCGCCCAAUCCACUUUUGGCAGUGAAUAGCGCCCACGCUUUGCCCACUUUCUCGGUGAAUCGGUCAUCUUCGGCCAUCUUGAAACAUGUGUUGCAAGAAGGCGAUUCACAGAAGUAACGGGAUGAAAUGUUUUGCCCUUAGCCCAGCUGUGAUGAAUGAUUUUUAGUGAUUUCAUGUGUUACUUGAUACAAAUCUUUAGAACUAAACUAUAAAAAACAUGAGCAAA